UGAACACGAUGGUGAUGUGAGGUUGUUGCUGACAAUUUUGUUAUUUUAGUUUGUAGUGUAUAGAACUGUGGUGUGAAUUACGUGACAUGGCAAACAGACGUAGAGGCAAGUUCUCAUUGCCGGCGGAGUUCCAGACGCAGGAGAAAAUAUCGACGAAAAAGGAACUUGCCCUGAGGAACACAAUUCCUUCAUGUCCGGCAGUGCCGAGUAAAAUAAAGAAAGGGAGCACACGAGGCAAAAGUGUUUAUUUGAAACCACGUCCUGUGUUUGUUAAAAAAGAAGUCAAGCUGAGUCAGAUCUAUGAUCCUAGUAACAACAUGUCCUAUUUGGAUCAAGUGUUCAAAAGAGAAGAUACUCUAGGUGAAGGCUCAUUCGGUGUUGUAUUUAAAGCUAAGCACAAAGAAAAUGGACAGACCUACGCAAUCAAGAAAUCCAAGCCUAAUGUACACAUCAGUGACAGAUAUGCUGAAAUUAUAAAUAAUGAAAAAGUCGGUGCCCACUUCAAUAUCAUUGAAUACUUCAUGUCCUGGGAAGAAAAUUCUGAUAUGUACAUGUUAAUGGAGUUGGGUGAAAUGUCACUUGCCAAUUUCACACAUUUACAAGAUAAUGUUCCUGAGGACAUGCUGUGGAACAUUUUAAUGGACUGUUGUAAAGGUUUAGAGUAUUUGCAUUCGAAGGCAUUAGUACAUUUAGAUAUUAAACCUGGGAAUAUUGUUCUUAAAGAGGGUUACUUCAAAUUGGCGGACUUCGGGAUACUUGUGGACCUAAAAUUAGACAAAAAAGAACGUAGAAGCACCUUGUCAGAAGGCGAUGCGAAAUACGUGGCCUUAGAAGUACUCGAAGGAGUAUACACCCCAAGCUGUGAUAUGUUCGGUCUUGGCAUAACAUUACUGGAAUGUGCCGCCGAUCUUGCCUUGCCAGAGUGCGGACCCUUGUGGCACCAGCUACGCCACGGCCAUUUACCCUAUGAAUUUUACGCACGCGUGUCGUUGGGAUUUAGCGUGUUAAUUGAGCACAUGCUCUCCAACGUGUAUACGAGUCGUCCGUCGGCCACUAGAAUACUGAAGUACUCCUGCAUGAAGGACCUGGCCAGAAGAGAUACUAAGUUUGGAAGGACGAACUACGCUGCUGCAUAUCUGAACCUACGAGACAAUAAUCAGGCAUACCACAACAGAUGGGGGGUGGCAGAAUUGGAGCAGCCACUAGAAACAAACAAUAAUAUAGAGAUUACCCGUGAAGAACAGAUGACAGUAGAGGAAAAGCCAGUUUAUUUCAGGAGAAUAUUGUUCGACGAAAAAUAAUGCGGCCGCGUGGCUUUUAUUUUGUUGCUUCUUAAGUUAUGUAUUGUUUAAUGAACGAUUUUGUUUGGUCCGUUUUUUUCUUGUUAAUAUGGUUAAACCAUUAUUACUAAAGAACGUGUAAUACUCGUGUAUAUUUGUUACCGUUUUGUUAUAAAAUUUGUUAUUCUUUUAUCGAACAGAAAUUUUGUUGUUUUUUAUUGGGAAUAGGUUGUUUAUUGAAAAUUGAAUGAAUAAUUAGGUCAAUUAAUACACUUACCGCAUCAUUAAUUUAGUGUAUUUUUGAAAGCCUUCGUAAGUCACUUUUGUUUCGUUACUUUGUUCUCUUGUUUCUCGUUUCUGUUUUAUUUUAGUUUGGAACAUGCCAUCCUAGUUGUUUAACAUAAAUUUUAUGUUUUGUACUUUUCUUCUGGCAUGAAUCUGAACUCUCUCUUUAAGACUGAAUAUUUCAUCAGUAAGUGUUUCUAUUUUUUUUUUUAAAGUAUUGGAGUAAUGAUCUCAUAGGUAACUGUUUAUUUGCUAUAAAAUGUAACGUGACUUAUGCAGUAUGUAUUUAUAAUUGUUAUUUGUGUUUCUGUUUUCAAAACUAUGAAAUUUGUAUUAUUUAUUCUGAUUACUAAAUUUUGUUACUGGUUUAAUGUAUAUAUUUUGUUUGAAAUAAUUUUCAUGAAUUGUUUAAGAGUUAUUAAAGUGUUUAUUACCACGUUUUGUUUUAGCACAACAUUGCAAUACUUAAGGUGCUAAGCAAAUAAAAUUGUGAUGUUCUCAUAAAGAAUAAAAUAACUUUCCAGUUAAUUUAUUUUUUGUACUUCCUCUGUUUAUUUUCUAGCUUUAACAGAAUGCAAUAUGUUUCUAAACUAAUACCAACCACUAAGUACUUUAAAGUAUUUCGGAUCGUUACAUUUAGUGGUUUUUUGUGAUUUAGUCUUAGUCAAACUUCUUUUAUUUAUGUAACUUAUUUAUAUCAAAGAAAUAAUUUUAUAAUAAAUUUUGGCAUUUCAA